UGGCGAGUUGUAGGGUGGCGGGGCUGGCCUCAUGCACUGCACCAGAGUAUUAGACUAUUUUCCUCACAAACAAGCAAUGGCUGUGGAUGUAGCAAUGCAGCUAUACCUUUGCUCUUCACCCUUGCUAAGAGACAAGUGUGCCUGCAAAAUUGUUCCGAAGACAAGCAAGCCACUGCGGCCCUGCAUCCAGCUGAGCGGCAAAACUGCCCUGACUGGACCAGAAGAGGCAACAAACUCCUUCACACACAACAAAGUGAAGAAGAGGGUGUCAUUUGCAGACAGCAGGGGCUUCGCUCUGACGAUGGUGAAGGUCUUCUCAGAGUUUGACGAUCCACUAGACAUUCCUUUCAACAUCACAGAGCUGAUAAACAAUAUUGUGGGCCUGACAACAGUGGAGAGGGACAGCUUUGUCCUGGAUUUUGUUCAGCCCUCUGUGGACUACCUGGACUUCAGAAACCGCCUCCAGGUGGACUGUGUCUGCCUUGAAAACUGUAUGCUGAAGGAGCGAUCUGUUGUGGGAACAGUGAAGGUGAGGAACCUCGCUUUUGAAAAGACUGUGAAGAUCAGGAUGACGUUUGACACCUGGAAAAACUUCGUAGAUUACCCAUGCCAGUAUGUCAAGGAUACGUAUGGAGGGUCAGAUCGGGACACCUUUUCCUUUGACAUCAGCUUGCCCGAGGGCAUUCAGUCCCAUGAAAGAGUGGAGUUUGCCAUCUCCUUUGAGUGCAAUGGGAAGGUGUACUGGGACAGCAACAGGGGCACAAAUUACAGGAUCAUACGGUCAGAACUGAAGUCUGCCCAGGAUGCUGUCUGCCCCCCUCAGGGCCCUGACUUUGGCAGUGCCUUUGACCAGUUUGGGAGCCCUCGGUGCUCUUAUGGCCUCUUUCCUGAGUGGCCCAGCUAUUCAGGCUAUGAGAAGCUAGGGCCUUACUACUGACCCAAGAACAGAGUCCUGACUAACUGUUGUUGGCUUGUCCGCAGGCCUGAGAGCUGGUCUGAAUGUGAGGUGUAUGGAAAGGACAAAGAUGUAUGGUUUCAGGCAGCUCUGCAUAAGCCUCAGAGCAAAACCAGUUGUGGAAACUCUGCUGGCAGUGGACUGAAUAGCUAGGGAAGUGUCUCUGCCCCAAAGGGCUGCCUUCCCUGCCCCAACUUGGAUAACUGGCUCUCCAAAUGCUCAAAGAACCAGGAGCUGUUGCUUGUGUUUCUCUUCAGCGCUGCUACUCCCUCCUCUUCUGUAAAGCUGCUAGUCUCCUGGGAAACACUACAGUGCUUAUAUCACAUGUCCAGACUAUGUAGUGGUGGCUGGUUUGUAUUGCUUGCCUAGUGCUAAAAGGCUUUUUCAAAGUAUGUUCUAUUAUAGUUUUAGUGAGCCGUACUGCAGCUGCAGGGUUCUCCUUGCAAAGCUGGCCUGUGCUUGUGAAGUAGUAGAGGGGUUGGCUUGCAUGGAAUGGAGUACCAUCCUUGCACGUGUCUUUGUAGUGCGAGGUCCUUCCUACUGGAGCCAGAAAGGGUAUUUUGGAAGUGAAAAUGCAACUGUGAUGACAGGAAAUGUGGUCCUACAGGCUGCCGUAUUAGGAGACUUGUGUGCCUGUGGGAGAAGAUCUCAUGCUUAGUCACCAGUUGUUUUAUCAGCUGAUCUCUUAAAAACUCUUGCCGUGCUACCUAAAAUAGAGAUUAGCUGUAGCUGUGCGGUGCUCGUAACACUGCUGUGGGUUGACAGUCUUGAAUGACUUCUUAAACUUUCCUGUUUCUUUGAUCACAAGUCAUCAAUGAUGCUUUUUCCCUUUGAUGGACAUCUGAAAUCAGCUGUUGGCCAUGCUUGGCCCUGAAAACACAGUUCUUCAUCCUGUGGGCUGUUAAAACAGGGCUUUGUCUGGCUAGGGCCCAGAGUCCUAAGCAGGAGGCUGUUCUCAGGUGUUACAGGGGCUAAUGCAAAUGGAUCACUCGGCUACUCUGUGCUGUGUUCCGUUACAAGAAGGUAACUGUUGUGUACCUACUGUGGUGGAAGUGCCUUGACUGAGAAGGGGGUGGUAUGUGUGAUCCCAGCAAUGUUUUGGGAUAAACAGGCUCUGGAAAUGACACUGCUUUUAAAAAAGGAUCUUCUAAUGGUUUGUUGCUCCAUGCCAUGGACUGCUUGGCAGCUAGUGGUGUGGCACUGCUCACAUGCAAGGAUGCUGUGGCUAUACCGGGUGACCAUCAACAUGCUGGGCUUCCUUUGCUGUUGUAGCAGCAGCUGCCUUUUCAACCUGUAAAUGCCGAAGCUUUGCAUCUCUGCGUCCAUAAGAAGCAGCCCCUCCUGUGCAGAAAACUAGCCAUGAGGUGGGUGAGAUGUGGGGUUGUCCUCACAUCACUCUGGAUGUGAAACAGAUCGUGGGUGUGAGCCAUCCCUGUCCUCAAAGAGGUGGCUCAUCAUCUGGGCCUGUGCUGAGGUGAGGUGGCCAGCUUGUGCAGUGCCAAGCAGCCUCACAAAGCUUCUUGAGUAUUAGUUGAGCAAAGUGAUUUAAUCCCUUGUCUCAAAGCUAGAGUUCUGAGUAGUUUGUAGAAAUAGAGGUCACGGGAAUCUUACCUUUUCUAGUGUAUAAGCUUUAUGUAAUUUUGGGGGUGCCUAUAAUAGCCUAUGGGUGGGCUGGAGAGAAGCAAUGGGCUAGGCUACUUAACUUUUUAAACCCAGCUUUUAAUUCUGGAGACUAUUGUGUGAAAUACUUACACAUGGUUUUACCCUAACCUAGAAGGUAUACUGUGAUCACUGUUGGAUGCCAAAAGGAACAAGAGCUUGCAGGAAGAAUACUUGGCCUUUAACUGCUGCUUUCUCAAAACCCAACAUCAAUGCACGUCACCACUGUGCCUGAUCACUU